AUAAACCCGGACGCGCCAACACAGCGGCACCGAGGUGGUCCGCGCUCCUUGCGGGGACUGGGACGUUUGGUGCGCAGAUUUAAGGAAUGACUUUUAAGCGCCUUCAAAAGCAAGAAUUUAAUGUGUGACUGAAAACGUGAAUAUGUGAUUAUGAAUUACACGGCCUCGAGAUUCUCUCGGUACGAAGGACAACCUCUUCACCACGCGCGUUGCACACCGGCUCAGGGACCCGACCCUGUGCAAGAGCCAGGAACGUGGCCGAAGACGGAGAGUCCUCCAGAAGGAGAACUAUGCCGUUUUUGGGUCAAGACUGGCGGUCUCCUGGGUGGACCUGGAUGAAAACGGAGGACGGCUGGAAGAGGUGUGAGUCCUGGAGCGCGGAGCUGGCCCGUGAGACAGACCAGCGUGACCUCAGUCACAGCAUAAUCUUGAACAGUGAAGACAAAGAGAUAUUCACUAAUGAAGAGCAUGGGUGUGCAUCCAAAAAAAGGAAAAAAGGCCACUUUAGGAAGGACGGUGGCGCUCAGUGUUUUUAUCGUGAGAAAUGGAUCUACGUCCAUAAAGACAGCACAAGAGAACGGCACGGCUACUGCACGCUGGGGGAGGCCUUCACCCGCCUGGACUUCUGUAGCGCCGUGCAGGACGUCCGCCGGUUCAGCUACGUGGUCAGACUCUUGCAGCUCAUCGCGAAGUCCCAGCUGACAUCGCUGAGUGGUGUGGCACAGAAGAACUACUUCAACGUUUUGGAUAAAAUUGUUCAAAAGGUGCUCGAGGACCACCAGAACCCGCGCCUCAUCAGAGGCCUGCUGCAGGACCUGAGCUCCGCCCUGGGCGCCCUGCUCAGGGGCGUCGGCAAGUCCGUGCUGGUCGGCAGCAUCGGUGUCUGGGCCUGCCGACUGGAGACGGUCCUCGCCUGGCAGCGGCAGCUGCAGGACCUUCAGAUGACGCAGGUGAACCACGGCCUCACGCUCAGCGACCUGCCACUGCACACGCUGAACGACAUCCUGUACCGGCUCUCGGACGGCUGGGACAUUGUCACCCUGGGCCAGGUGACGCCGGCACUGUCCGCGCUUAGCGAGGACGGGCGGCUGUGGAGGAAGCUCUGUCAGUACCACUUCGCUGAGAAGCAGUUUUGCAGACACUUGAUCCUCUCAGAGAAAGGCCACGUCGAGUGGAAGCUGAUGUACUUCGCGCUGCAGAAGUGCUACCCGACCCGAGAGCAGUACGGGGACACCCUGCACUUCUGCCGGCACUGCAGCAUCCUCUUCUGGAAGGACUGCCGCCUCGCUUUGCUACUCAAGGACUCAGGACACCCCUGCACGGCGGCCGACCCCGACAGCUGCUUCACACCCGUGUCGCCCCAGCACUUCAUCGACCUGUUCAAGUUUUAGAGGCCGUUGGCCCCGUGCAGCGGCCUGUGGAGCCAGGAGGUGACCCUGUGACCGAGGGCCCGGGAGGGGCAGGAUGAGCUGCUCCCAGGCAGGGGACCCAGGCAAAUGCAAGUCCUUUAAAAAGUCCCUUUCUUGUGAGCAUAUGGUGAUUUGCAGGUGCAUAAACGCGGUUUGGAGAAGACCCCGGGUUUCCAGCUCCACGUUCUCUGCCGAACAGACACUGACGGCCAACUGCGCAGCUCUCCGCCACAUGACAGCUUCUGGGUUUGGCGAUCUUUGGGGGUUGGGACAGAACCAUUGAUCCGUGUAACUACCUUGUGCAGAAUAUUUAUUUUUCUUAAGAUGUGUGUUAGCUGCACCAAUUGUGUCAGAUGGCUCCCUCGUGAGCGAGAAACGAGCCCCGCGAGACAUUCGUGUCCACUCUGGAAUUCCACGAUCGGGCUGUGCCUUGUGUGAGGCGGCCGUGACCAGCCAAGGCGUGGCAGUGGGGACGAGCCCUCGGACAGACGCCAGCGCCCGGGGUUGCAGGCAGCACGGUGGGGGGGCUGGCGGUGGAGCGCGUGGAGCUGGGCAGCCUGAGGCCGGGGCCUUCCCGGACGGAGCCUGCUUCUGUGGACCACAAGUCCUACCUGCGACCUAACUCCAUCAGUUUUACAUCUCACCAAAAAAAGUGGAGAUAGCGAUUUUGGUAUCAUUUAUGUAAACCUUUCAAACCUUUAAAAGACUGUUUUAUUUUUAUUUUUAAAAUAACGCAUGGCCAUUGCAGAAAAUCGGCACAAUGUGAAAUCACGUCAUCCGGCUGCCCAAAGGGGCCGGCCGGCCACAGAGCAGGGGCCUGGCCGCUCACCACCGGUGGGAGGAGGACGGCAUCGCUCGCCGCCCGUUUUCACCUCGGAACUCGCAGGCCGGGGGCUCGCGCAGACUCAUUUCUGUUCCCAUCCUUUAUUCUCUUCCUCCUGGGCAUGUUAACGCGUGUAGCUUUGUGUGUUUGUGGAUGACGAUUCUGUGUUUUCAGGGCCCCAGUCUGUGCUGCACAAGCCCCGUGGCCAAGGACACGCCUCUUCUCCGGGCUCCUGUGGCACCCACAGUGCCGGGCGGGGCUGCGGGCUCUGUGUGGCCCGGGAGUGACGGCCACCCGCCUCUCACGACCUGUCACCGUGAUGCACAUGUGUGUCCCUGCCCGUGUCCUUAGUGACUGAGAAGGAGGACAAGAGCGAGUUGGUCCUUGCAGGUGUCUCCAGGCUGCUCAUGAGAACAGACAUCGCUCCCACCUUCCUGGACGGCGAGGCCUCCCACCGCCCUCUGUGUGUGCGGCCACUGGCUCUCGUUUCGAACUUGCUAAAUCCCCCACGUGUGUUCGUGUCAGUAUUACUUUUGGGGUUUUGGUACUUUUUUGUAUUAAUUUUUCUUUUUUAAAAAAUUCAAUUACGGAUUUUCUGAGAGAAAAAGAAACACGAACUUGUUGAUCCACUUA